CCCAGGGAUCGAUACAGAUGUGUCCCUAAGUAGGGCUGAAAGUCCAUCCUUAAUUGCCCAAUUCUUGCCCGUACUCAGGACUCUGAAACGAACAUCCUACACCGAUAUCAGUGGCAAUAAUGACCAUUUUGCUCCAUUCCAAUUAGUAAAACGCCCUGCCAUAAAAGACGAUGCCGGCAGUCAUUCUAUACUCGCAGUCAGACCUAAUUUCUAACGAGCCCCGCCGGCGACUACGGACGAGGGGCUUUCAUAAUAUAAUUCCCGUUCAUCCACUCUCUUUUCAUCCAAAGAUGGUUUCCAAUCAAAUUAGAUCCGGAUUAUGUCCCGGCAAGCUCCAUAUAUUGUUUUGAUGAACUAUGUUGAUCCUUGAAUUUAUACGUAGUAGUUCGUUUCGCUCACGGGACACGGGUGAAGUCUUCCUCAUGGAUCCAACCCCGCGAUUGGGUUUAGAUAAGAGCCCACUCCGGACCCUACAUCGAUGCAGGAACAGAACAUUUGUCUGCAGGAACAGUCGUUUCAAUCACAUCAUCAUGAAGCUCAAUAUCUUCCUGCCUCGCAUUUCUGUAGCUUCGGCUGCGAGCUAUUGCCCCUCUCGCCCCGCACCCUCCGCCGAACAAAUCUCCAUCUUUAACGAAUUUCGUUCAAAAAUUCUACUACGCCAAGAAACAUCAAGGCCGCAUUUGUGGACUAUUUUAGCCCAAGCUGGAUCGAGCACCGUCGAGCGUGCCCUCCUUAGGCGAGGACAAGCUGUAUAUAUAUUGCUCCGUACACACCAUCGAUUGAUCAACAUCCUCUCCGCAGGGAAUCGAACCCAGAUUGAAAAGCUGUACAUAUAUUGCUCCGUGCACACCUGCUCUCUCAAUACAACAUUCUCUCCUCCAAUUAUCUGGUUCAACCACUAAUUCAUCUACUUUUAUCAGCUGAUUUAUGAUGUAUCGGAGAAAUCGUGCUUGGAACCACCCCUAUCGCCGAAUGCUAAUGGGGUUAGGAACAUAGCUUUGGAUACCUUUCUCUCUCCUUUUAC